GCAUCUCUACAACACGCGAUAUAUAAGUCCAUGAUGACUAGCCCUUGUAUCAUCUUUUGAUCUCCUCGUCCCCGAGCCUUGUCCCCCGCUGACAUUAAUCAUGCAGGGCAUGCAAACAAUCGACCAGCCUUGUACGGUGUGCUCCUGUCCAACCUCUAUGUGGUGCAGUCGGUGUCAGAGCGCUUGGUAUUGUUGUCCAGAACAUCUUCACUCAGACUGGCCGAGGCAUCGUAAGGAAUGCAUGCCACCAACCCAUAAUACGAAUACUGGGUACAGUGUCAAUAUGAUUGCCACACCUCCACCUGCAGAGCCGCAGUAUGUCAGUGUCUCUGCGAUCCUAUUUGCGCCUGAGGAGGAGAGACCACGCAUCAUCACAGUCAAUUGUCGGCCAGCCUCGAGAGGAUCUCACAGUGGAAUGUGCCCCAUCCCCGUCGUCCAGUCAUAUUUCCCAGACGGAAUCACGGAAGGUAUUGUGCUCACCCAAGGCCUCAACGGUGAAGCCCUGCGAUUCCCACUUCACCUAUGGUACUCUCCCACCGCUCUUCAAAAAGAUUCCCCUAUCAACCGCUCAAUAUAUAACAUUACAUCCGGCUCCGCUCCUAAGGCUUGGUGCGGCGCUGUCGUGGUGCUCAAGUAUAACGGCUCUCGCCGUCAAGGUUACGCCGAUGCUGGUUCCAACGAUCUCCCUGCACUUUCCGCGUAUUUUCUUGCCUACAAAUAGCAUUUCUCCUUAGGCUCGAGCUCCAUACUACUUCUCAUUUGUAGACGAUCUCGCCCAUCGCCAUCUGCUUUCCUUGUUGUUCCCUGUAUCGACAAUCAUAUCCACCUCCAUUCCAGUUCUUAUACCCCUAUUUAUCUCAUCUUAUCCCUCUUUGUAUAAGUAGUGGAAUGGUUCACGCGCCACGGCAGGACCUUCUACGGAUGUCCUACAUACAGACGUAAAAAGUAUCAGUAAAAUCAUACGUACUUAUAAUUAGUAGAGCUGUGCAUACGUUUCAUAUGUACGUUUAGUUGACGUCGUGUUGUGGUUAUGUCUCCUAUCCUCGUUUGCUUCUUUACCGAGCACCGGUACCGUUUACAUAUUUAGACGGAGAGGCUACCCAUGACUUGAGAAUGGCGAUUUGAAUCCAAGAGAUCUCCGUCCCUUGUUA